UUUUGUUAUUCAGAUAUAAAGCGUCGUAUCCCCGCGAAAAUCAUGGACCGUUUUCCACCACAUCACACACCCACCGACCGAUUCAUAUAUCUUCUCUUUCUUUCCUUUCUCUCUCUCUCGCUCUCUUCCUCCUCUUUCAUUCUUUAUUCCCUUCUCACUACUACUACUACUUCUUACUUCUUCUUCACGACAAACACUGCAUAACGACCGAUUAACAUACGCUUCGUCCAUUUGCCCAGUUUUUUUUUCACCGGCGCGCCUCUCACUUAACCACCACAAACAAGCCAAACAAACGAUAAUUCGAGUAUUACGGGUUUAAAUGGAUAACGGAGCCAGUUCCCCGGAACUUCCACAGCAGGCUACGGGCCCUGACUCCUUGGAAAUCAUGUCCGAGCUGGUUUCAUUGGCGUGCUUGACAAUCAUGGCAUCGGCAUUAGGUGCAAAAACAAAACGUGAACGUCUCGUCAACUUGACGUACGGUCGAACAUUAGUUUUUCUUGUGUACAUACUAUCUUGGGCAUUCUCUGUAACGUCAAUGGUGUCUGUAUCCACGAAUAAUUUCAAUUACACUUCGUGUACUCUCGCAAUGAUGUCUUGCGAUGUGUUUUACGCGGGUAGUAAAAUUGUCAUGUAUGCAUGGCUAAUCGAACGUGUACAUCUCGUCACUGCCGUCAGAACAACUCGAUUAAAAUCAUGGCAGUACCGGUUUCAUAUUGUCCUUCUCCUGCCUUAUGUUGCCAUUUUUGUGCUCAUGCUGACUUUCCGUAACAUUUACCUGCUUGACACCGGCGAGUGCAUCAUUGGUUUGCAAUGGGUUGCCAGUAUCCCUCUCAUGUGUUACGACUUUGUUCUUAAUUUGUAUCUUACGUAUCUCUUCGUCAUACCACUUAUCAACGUCAGUCGUAGUACUACCUGCCGUUCUACUUGGAAAGAAACGCGCCUAUACAAAUUGACCAAGCGAACACUGAUCGCAUCUCUUGUGUGUCUCUUGGUGUCACUGGCUAACGUUCUAAGUGUUGUCAUUACUCGAGGACAUAUGCGCGGCUUGGUCUGUUUGACAUGUUGUACACUCGAUGUCACUAUCAACGUCGUAACCAUUCAUUGGACACAUACAAUUGAUGAUUAAGAUAAUAUAUUACAUGCAUUGUUAGGUCACUUCCACAAGCGCAAAAAUGUCUGCUCGUCAUACCGGAACACUCAACAGCGAUGAAGC